AUGGCGCGCUUCUUCACCCUCCUCCUCGCCGUUCUGGCGCCGUUGCUGGCCAUGGCCCAGUCCUCCGAGCAGAUGCUUUAUUCCACCUCGCUCAACACCUGCCAGGCCAAUUCGGGCUUCACCGCCAGCCAUUUCGAGGUCGUCUUCUUGCCCAAGAACAACACCAUCAUACUCAAGCUCAGUGCCAUCUCGACCAUCGAGGGCAACAUCGUUGUUAACUUCGCCAUUCUCGCCUACGGCAUCAGCAUCGAGAGCAAGUCCAUUGACCCCUGCGCGCUCAAGGUCAGCGGCUUUUGUCCCAUGGUUGCCAGCCAGCUGCCCGACCUCGAAUUCGAGGAGACCCUCGACCCCUCCGUCGCCGCCAUGAUCCCGUCCAUUGCCUAUAACUUCCCAGACAUUGAUGCCAAGGUUCACAUCACCAUCAACAUGGCCGAUACGGGCGCCCAGGUCGCCUGUAUCGAGGCUCCCAUCUCCAACGGCAAGACGGUCGAUCUUGUUGGAGUCAAAUGGGCCACUGCUCUCGUCGUCGGUCUGGCUCUCGUCACCUCUGCUGCUCUCUCUACCGUUGGCCAUUACAAUGCUGCUUCUCACGUCGCCGCCAGCGCUCUUUCCCUGGUUGGCUACUACCAGUCCCAGGCGCUCUCCGGCAUGAUCGAGGUUCCUCUCCCUCCUGUCGUCCAGGCUUGGACGCAGGACUUUCAGUGGAGUCUGGGUGUGCUCAAUGUCGGCUUUCUCCAGGACAUCUACACCUGGUACCUGCGCUCGACUGGCGGCACUCCUUCUCACGUGCUCAACAGCGUCGGUACCGUCUCUGUCGAAGUACAGAAGCGUGCGCUCGACCUCUUCAAGCGUGACGAGGUUCAGACGGGCUAUGGCGCCUACGUCAUUUCCGGUCCCGACCGCGUGGCUUUCCGCGAGAACAUGGACGCCACCAACAUCUUCCUCACCGGGCUCGUCACCUACGUCAUUGUCAUGAUCUUCAGCUGCAUCUUUGUUGCUCUGGCCAAGUUCAUUAUGGAUGGCAUGGCCAAGGUCAGGAUCAUCAAGCACGACCGUUUCAUCGAUUUCCGGGCUUCGUGGCUACCUACCCUGAAGGGUAUUCUGUAUCGCAUCACCCUCAUCGGGUUCCCCGCUCUAUGCUUCCUCUGCCUUUUGGAGUUCAAGCGCCGCGACUCGCCCGCCCUGGUCGUCCUCGCCGUGGCCUUCCUCAUUGGCACCCUUGCGACGCUGGGCUAUGCUGCGUACACUGUCAUCGUCAUUGCGCGCCGCUCAAUCGUCUUGCACAAGAACCCCGCCUACAGCCUGUUUGCCGAGGACUCUGCUCUGAACCGCUGGGGCUUCCUGUACAUCCAGUUCCGCGCCUCUGCAUACUACUUCGUGGCCAUCAUGCUUGGCUACAUGUUUGUCAAGUCGCUUGUCAUUGCCGUUGCCAGCGGCAUCGCCUUGGCGAUUGCUCUCAUGAUUGUCGAGGCCGCUGCCUUGAUCGGCGCCUCCGUCAUGCGCCCCUGGAUGGACAAGAAGAUGAACUCUUUCAACAUUGCCAUUGCCGCCAUCAACUUCUUCAACACGAUCUGCAUUUUGAUCUACACCGAAGUUUUUGGACAGCCCGGCAUUGUUACUAGCGUUGCUGGUGUCGUCUUCUGGGUUGUCAACGCCAUCUUCACGACCGUCCUCCUGCUGAUGAUUAUCAUCAGCACUCUCUUUGUUCUCUUCCGCGAAAACCCGGAUACCCGCUACCGCUUCAUGGGCGAUGACCGCACUUCGUUUGUCAAGUCUCAGUCGCACCUCGCCACCACAAACGAGCUCGAUGCCCUAGGCAUGGCCGCGCGUGGCAGCGGAAGCAAUGCCAGAGGUCGUGUUGGAAAUCGAGUCGACGGUGAAGAUGCCGCGCUCGGUGUUACUCGCAAUGGUGGUCGUCACGCCAAGCUGUCUGCGCACUAG